ACACUCUAUCUAAAAUUACAGUCUCAGUGUUCACGCUAUGGAUAAACAUAACAUCUCAUGUAAUAAAGGAUCAUCUACUGUAUGAUAUCUGCUCAAUCUAAAUUAAUUCAUUUAAUAUGUACAGUGAACUAAUACAUAACAUUGGAUAAUACGUAUAUUGCUUAAUUAAAGUACAUUUAAAGUGGAUUUUUGGAAUGCGUGGUAUGAGCCGAAUAUUGAUUCAAGUGUUUCUUCUGUUUUUGAUUGGACUUUCCAUAUUGUACAGCUAUACUUGGAUAUGGGGUAAUCACAGUUUGACAAUGAAAUCCAGUUACACCACCCCUUUAAGCCAAAUGCAAAACUACAAAACUUCACAACGAAGGAAACAAAAUGGCAGCCAAAAGACUUGGAAUCAAUUUGGAUCACAUAGGAAUAUUGGAGACCCCUCAGUACAUCAGUAUCAGGGAAAGUGUGCGAAAGAGAGUUCUGAGUUAUUUCAGCUGUCAUUCAGACUGUUCCAGUCAAUUGAAGCAAUCAUGAACCCAGUGGACUGUUCAAAAGCGAAGUAUCUAUUGUGCGAAUGGCCUUUUAAGGAUUGGGGCCUUGGAUCAAUGAUGCACCAAAUAAGUUAUUGUUUCUCCGUUGCCUUAGCAACCAAUAGAGUGUUGUUGAUAAGAGCCCAGGAGAAAUUUAUUCCUCAAAGUUGGGACUAUUACUUGUUACAUCCUAGUAUUAAAUGCUGGGAUUAUCAAUAUACCAAUUACACAUUCUGGUACGACCUUGAGAAUUUUGAGAAGAGUAAUGUUCAAGUCGUUCGGUUAUUACUGACGACAAGUCGUGCAGCGUCUCAAAAUAAAACAUGGCCAAGGCCGCUUCCUGAAAACCUAAUGAAAAGUAGUGCAUUAUGGUACAAACUCGCCCAACUUCACCAAUCACGUGCUUUGUGGGUGGUUGGACAACUGAUGGGAUACCUCAUCCAGCCUUCUCUGUCCUUCUCUCAACAAUUAAAGGAUCUUAAACGGGCAAUAGGUUUCAUACAUCCAAUAAUUGGAGUCCAUAUACGACGGGGUGACAAGAUCACUGAAGCUGAACCUAUCCCCACUUACAAAUACAUUGAACGCAUUGAAGCAUACAUUAACCAAUUAGAUUACAAGACUUCUAACGACAAAGUGCCAUCUAUAUUCAUCGCAUCAGACGACAGAAAACUGAUUGAUCAGAUCAAACAACACUACACGCAGUAUAACAUCAUUCAUGUACCACAUUACUUUUUUAAAACACAUUUAGAUCUUAUCAUGUUUGAUAUUCUGCUUCUGAAGGAAUGUGAUUAUUUCAUCGGAACAUUUUCAUCUAAUGUUGGUCGUCUUGUAUACGAGCUACAACAGAGCAUGUACGCAGAUGCAAGUUGCCUGGCAGAAUCACUAGAUGACAGUUACACUACCGUCUAUUGUUGUACCUUAGACCAUAAUCAACGAAACAUGGGUCAUUUUCAACCAAAUUGUUCGUCUGGAACUACGAGACGACAAUACGAUAUAAUUGAAGCAUGCAAAAAUGUUUCACUAUUCCCUCCUUGAACAUUUUUGAUGAAAAAUAAAAUAUUACAAGUAACAAGGACGUAUAUUGUCUAUCAAAGUCCUUGGUAACAUUAUCCAUAAACAAAAAUAAUGACUUUUUAGUCCUUUGACAAUAAAAUAUGACAUUAUCCAAUAUCAUAAAUAUUAACUUCAAUACUUAUGGUAACAUAAAUAAUAUUGAACAAUUCAUGUAAAACAAGAAAUCAGCUACCGCUACACGGAGUAGCAAAUCCCAACGAACAAAAUUUUCAAUGUAAACUAGACAACAGCAACGCCAAGGCGUAGCCAAUCCCAUCGAACAGCCAUGGCUGGCAAAAAGUGUAUAUAAAAAAUGGCC